AUGACUAUAAGAAGAAAUGUUAUUUUAAUUACGGGAGGCAAUGGCUUCAUUGGAAGUCAUGUUGCAAAAUAUUUACACGACAAAGGAAACUACGUUCGCGUAGUCGAUUUGCAUGACGACCCAACCUUUCGUCUUUUCAAAGAUACGGCUGAAUUCUGUUCAGAAUUCAUCGAAGGUGACAUCCGUUCACUUAUAACUUGCCGUAAAUUAUUUGUUAAGAACGAUGUAAAAUGGGUAUUUCAUUUUGCUGCGAAUAUGGGAGGUAUGGGCGUUAUUCACUCCAAAAAUAAUUUCGUAAUAUAUCAAGAAAAUCAUUUGAUGUCCUUGAAUAUACUCAAAGUUUCGAUGGAGUCAGAUAUUGAAAAGUUCUUUUAUGCUUCCACCGCUUGCGUUUACGCCAAUAAUAUACAAUCUGAUAUUAAUGAGAUAAAAUUAAAGGAAAGCGAUACAUGGAAUUGCAUUUCCAAAGAUUCAAAAGCUCAAGAACUUUAUGGUGCCGAAAAAUUAAACACCGAAAUACUUAUAUCCAGUUUAGUAGAUCCAAUGGAAAAUAAAAAAUUUCCUCAAUUCAAAAUUGCAAGGUUUCACAACAUUUACGGAGAAGGUGGUGCAUGGUAUGGCGGCAGGGAAAAAGCUCCGGCCGCCUUAUUAAGAAAAGCGAUUUUCUCGAGUAUUUAUGCACGAGGAAAUGAGAUUGAAAUUUGGGGUAACGGAAAACAAAGACGAAGUUUCUUGUAUAUAGAUGAUUGCGUCGAAGCGGUUAUUAAACUCAUGGAAAGUGAUUUAGAAAUCACACUAAAUAUUGGUUCGGAAGAAUCAAUUAGCAUAGAAGAACUUGCUUAUGUCGCGUUUGAAACCAUUGGCGUGGCAUGUGAUACCGUGAGGUUGAGGCUUGACACCGAAAAACCCGUUGGUGUAAAUAGUAGGAAUUCGGAUAACACCUUAAUUCAGAAGUACCUAAAUUGGUCACCAAGACAUUCGAUCCGUGAAGGUAUGAAAAAGACCUCCUUGUGGAUUCGACAAGAAAUUGAGAAAAUGAAAUUGCAAUAUGAGAAUGAUCCAAUCGGAUGGAAUGAUUUAAUCAAGUCAUCAUUAAAAAGUCAAGUGAACGUAUUAACUUUUCAAGACGAAACCAUAACGUUUGGAGUGCUUGUACCGAUAACUUCUCGAGGAUUAAUUAACCCUGUAGAUUGUUUAGAGAAUUUAUCAAACUUUGCAAAAAGUCUUCACAAGACUUCGCAACGAGAUGUUACGGAAAGAAUUUGUAAAACAAUUUACCAUAUUAAAAUUUACAUCGGAAUAGAUAAGAAUGAUUGCCUCUUUCAUCCGAUCCAAAAUAAUCCUGCGGAAGGAAUCCUUCGCGAACAUGGAUUCACGGAUAUACAUACAAAGUCAUUUGAUUUUCCUCCGGGUUCUAUAUGCGCAAUCUGGAGGGAAUUGGCUCGUCAAGCGUAUCACGACAAAUGCGAUUAUUUUGUUUUAUUUGGCGAUGACGUGAUCAUCGAAACCGAUGGCUGGAUGAGUAAAUUUCAUAAAGCUUAUCGCGAAAUUUCUACUCAAAAAAAGGUUCCAUGCGGUUUCGGAUGUGUAACCUUUGACGAUACCAGUUUUCCCGGGUUUCCAACGUUUCCGGUGAUGGGUCGAGUACAUUUGGACAUCUUUAAUGGUGACAUGUUUCCGAGGGAAAAAUUUCAAAAUCAAGAUGGAGACCCGUACUUGUUUCAGACAUAUCGAAGAUGGGGAUGUUCGGUUAUGUUACAUGAUGUUAAAAUUCAAAAUUUCGUGGGCGGAAGUCAAGCCCCGAGAUAUGAAAGAAAGCAUCAUCCGGAGUGGAGUUUUGAUAUCUUGGAUAAAUCAGUUGAUACAGUUGAAAAGUGGUUGAAAUCGAAUUGCAAGGUUCCGGUACCAAAGUUGUUAACACUUGAUAUAGUAAUACCAAGUUAUAGGGUUGAAUUGAAAUUUCUUGAUCCAAUCAUUAACGUGGAGAGACCCCCAACGAUGUCAACAAGCAUUGUGAUUAUAAUUGAUAAUCCAAAUACACCAAACACAACCAUUUUAAAAAAAUUAUAUGAGAAAGAUCCUUUUAUCAGAAUUCGAGAGCACAAAACCAAUUUGGGUGCGAGUUUAUCAAGAAAUCGAGGGCUAAAAGAAUCCAACGCGGACUAUGUAUUGUUAUUGGAUGAUGACGUGAUUCCGGAAAAGAACAUACUAUUUGAAUGUGAAAAAAUAAUCAAAAUGUAUCCAAACGCUUGCGGCUUCGUAGGAAAUACGAAAUUCCCUCCAGCGAAUGAUAACAUUUUUGUAAGUGCGUUGGUUUUGUCCUGUAUCACGUAUUUUUGGGAUAUUGCGGAAAAAUUUAAAGAUGACAUCCCUUGGGGCGUAACCGCAAAUUUACUAAUUAAACGAUUUAAAGAUAACGUACUCUUUGAUCCAAUUUUUCCCCCGACCGGUGGAGGAGAGGAUAUCGAUUUCUGUUUGAAAAAGAGGAAUUUUUUUAUUAAUAAUGUAGAGAAUGGGAUAGGAUUUAUAGCAGCGCCAAACGUUAAAGUGACGCAUCCUUGGUGGAAUGAUGGGAAGAGGGUCUAUAAAAGAUUUUUUAUGUGGGCGAAAGGCGAUGGUGCCUUAGUUAAAAUGUAUCCGGAAUUAAGUUAUAACGAUAUUUUACCUAACAGUGCAGAGCUAUUGUUGGGGACAAUAUUAAUCUUUUUGAUCACGAUAAUAAUUUCAUUAAUUGUCGCUGUAUUUAAUGACACAGCAAUCAUUAAUAUCUUUGUAAUUUGGACAUUCUUAUCUAUACCACUUGUCAUCGUGUCCAUAAUGAUCAUUGACAUCUAUUUGACGUUUACAAAUCCUUGCGGGGUACCUACGGUUCGUGGUUAUCGUUUUAUGAUAGCCGCAGCUGAAUCAUCAAUCAUCCGUCUGAUUAGUCAAUGUGGUCGUUUGGAAGGAAUGAUUGAACGAAAAGAAUGGAAAUGUAUCGGGAGAAGAUUUGAUUGGUUCCUUAAUGGUGUUAAGCCUUAG